GUAAGUAGACUGAUCCCCUCGUGCUGACGGAGAGGCAUCUAACUCAACACUCACUUGAAAUCCUCAGUCGGAAUAUGUUUUCUGUUUAAUUUAUUGGAGUUCUGCUUUUCGUUUGCAAAAACAUCUGGAAAUCGACCAGCAUCCUGAGAUUUCUCCUCAAUGAAAAGCCAAGGAUAAAGACUUCAUCGGUAGAUCAGCUUUGUGUUUGUACUUCAGCAAGGUCAGCUUCAUCGUAAUCGAAUGCUCACGGAUUUAUCCGCUCAGAAGGAAGCAUGCUCCUAUGGGACCUGGAUGACGGCCAGACAGAACAAGGGUCGGACAACGUUUGGCUUUUCCCAAUGGGAGCAGAGAAAAAUCUCCAUUUCCUCCUCUUGAAAACCAUCGAUAUCUUGGUAUGUUUAGACAUUUAAUUCAACAAUGAUCGCUUUCAACGUGUCUCAGGAGAACUAUAGGGGGACAUCAGCCAGUCCUGAACUCAACACAACCCCUGGCAUCAAAGAAACCGUAGUGUUGACCAUGGGCUACAUGCUCAGUGUCGGAUCCGUGUUGAUCAUCUCCACCAACCUUCUCGUCGCCAUUGCCCUGAUCUCGCUCAUCCGCAAAAGGGGCUACCAGAGUUGGUGUUUUGUUUUAAACCUCUCCAUUGCGGACAUCCUGGUAGGCCUGGCCAUCACCGGCAUCGCCACGGAUGCUCUGGGGGGAACGACGGCCUCCAUGGAGAAGGGCAUCUGUUUGUUGCGCAUGACCUUCGUCCUCGCGCCCACCGCGGCCUCCAUCCUGACCAUGUUCUUGAUCUCGCUGGACCGCUACGUCGCUAUCAAGCUGCCCCUGCGCUAUUCGCAGCUCAUGAACGAGAAGAUGAUCGCCGGGGCUCUGGUUCUGGUCUGGCUCGUCUCAACGUUCGUGGGGUUUUUGCCCAGCUUUUUGAAAGCAAUGCAGAGGAAAAACUACCACAAGGUCUGCACGUUCUUCUCCGUCAUCGAGCCUAGGAGCAUCAUCGUGGUCUUCUGCCUGUUUUUCUUCCCACUACUCUCGGUCUUCAUCUAUUUCUACAUGGACAUCCUAAAGAUCGCCUGCGGCCACCAGAAGCGCAUCUGCGCCCAGCGAUCCGGCCGCUACUGGGGUCACGUGAAAGCCCUGCGCACUGUGGCGAUGCUGGUCGGCUGCUUCACUCUCUGCUGGUGCCCCUUUUUUGUGGUCAGUGUUGUGCAGGUGUCGUGUCCAAACUGUAAGCUUUAUCACUUUCUGGAGAACCAUCUGUGGCUGCUGGGACUCUCGAACUCCCUCAUAAAUCCCCUGGUGUACGCCUGCUGGCAGCGAGAGGUGAGGAACAAGAUCUGCGAGCUCUUCGUCCGUGUUAAAGUCGUGUUGUGUUGUGUAAAACACUCCGAGACGGCGGACGGAUACCCCACAGAGCAUCCGACUGUCACUCAGUCUGUGGCGUUUCAGGACAAGAUGGUCCAACCCCAUCUCACGACCAAGUCGUACGAAUUCGACGAAUUAUUAAAAAGUGGCUAAUUCGUAACACGACC